GGGCGCGCUCGGCGGCGGACUCGCAUUGUUCGGGCGCCUCCCGGAGCGCACACAGCCUGCUCGCAGCGCCCGCGACUGCCGCUCCGGCCCCGGCUCUGCCGCCGGCAGCUCAGAUUAAAGAAACGGAUUGAUCAAGAAACUGAGUCUCAGGAGAAGAAGGAGAAAGAGAAGGAAAAGAGGGUCGCUGCUCUAAAAGAAGAACUGACCAAGCUGAAGUCUUUUGCUUUGAUGGUAGUGGACGAACAACAAAGGCUAACAGCACAGCUUUCCCUUCAAAGGCAGAAAAUCCAAAACUUGACCACAAGUGCAAAGGAAACAUAUGCUAAACUAGCCCUUGCUGAAUCUAGAGUUCAGGAAGAAGAGCAGAAGGCAACCAGAUUAGAGAAAGAACUGCAAACACAAACCACAAAGUUUCAUCAGAACCAAGAGGAAAUUAUGGCCAAGCUCACCAAUGAGGACAGUCAAAAUCACCAACUGCGACAAAAGUUGGCAACACUCAGCCAACAAAUUGAUGAGUUAGAAGAGACCAAUAGGUCUUUACGAAAAGCAGAAGAAGAGUUGCAAGAUAUAAAAGAAAAAAUCAACAAGGGAGAAUAUGGUAAUGCUGGUAUCAUAAGUGAGGUUGAAGAGCUCAGGAAACGUGUGCUAGAUAUGGAAGGGAAAGAUGAAGAGCUCAUAAAAAUGGAAGAACAAUGCAGAGAUCUCAAUAAAAGGCUUGAAAAGGAAGCAACUCAGAGCAAAGACUUCAAAUUAGAGGUUGAGAAACUUAAUAAAAGGAUUAUGGCUCUGGAAAAAUUAGAAGAUGCUUUCAGCAAAAGUAAACAAGAAUGCUACUCUCUGAAAUGCAAUUUAGAAAAAGAAAGGAUGACCACAAAGCAGCUGUCUCAAGAACUUGAGAGUUUAAAAGUGAGGAUCAAAGAACUAGAAGCCAUUGAAAAUCGGCUAGAAAAGACAGAAUUCACCCUAAAGGAGGAUUUAACUAAACUGAAAACAUUAACUGUGAUGCUUGUAGAUGAACGUAAAACAAUGAGUGAAAAAUUAAAGCAAACUGAGGAUAAGUUACAAGCUGCUGCUUCUCAGCUUCAAGUGGAGCAAAAUAAAGUAACCACAGUUACUGAGAAGUUAAUUGAAGAAACCAAAAGGGCACUCAAAUCCAAAACUGAUGUGGAAGAAAAGAUGUACACUGUGACCAAAGAGAGAGAUGAUCUUAAAAGUAAACUAAAAACAGAAGAGGAGAAAGGAAAUGAUCUCUUGUCCAAAGUUAAUAUGUUGAAAAAUAGGCUUCAAUCGUUGGAAGCAACUGAAAAAGAUCUUGUAAAAAACAAAUUAAAUCAAGACUCUGUUAAGUCCACAACGGUAGUACACCAAGAAAACAAUAAGAUUAAAGAGCUCUCACAAGAAGUCGAAAGACUAAAACUGAAGUUAAAGGAUAUGAAAGCCAUUGAGGAUGACCUCAUGAAAACAGAAGACGAGUAUGAGACUCUGGAACGAAGGUAUGCUAAUGAACGAGACAAAGCUCAAUUUUUGUCUGAAGAGCUGGAGCAUGUCAAAAUGGAACUUUCCAAGUAUAAAUUAGCAGAAAAGACAGAGUCCAGUCAUGAGCAAUGGCUUUUCAAAAAACUUCAAGAAGAAGAGGCUAAAUCAGGGCAUCUUUCGAGAGAAGUGGAUGCAUUAAAAGAGAAAAUCCAUGAGUACAUGGCAACAGAGGACCUAAUAUGUCACCUCCAGGGAGAUCACUCAGUUCUGCAAAAGAAGCUGAGUCAACAAGAAAACAGGAACAGAGACUUAGGAAGAGAAAUUGAAAACCUCACUAAAGAGUUAGAGCGGUAUCGGCAUUUUAGUAAGAGCAUCCGACCCAGUCUUAAUGGAAGAAGAAUCUCUGACCCUCAAGUAUUUUCUAAAGAAGUUCAGACAGAAGCAGGAGACAAUGAACCACCAGACUACAAGAGUCUCAUUCCUCUGGAACGAGCAGUCAUCAAUGGUCAGUUAUAUGAAGAGAGUGAGGAACAGGAUGAGGACCCUAAUGAGGAGGAAUCUGUGCUGGCCUUCAAAUGCAACCCAUCUGUUCCUCUUCCUGUAAACAGGAAGCUAUGGAUUCCUUGGAUGAAAUCCAAGGAAGGCCAUCCUCAGAAUGGAAAAAUACAAACAAAGUCUAAUGGCAACUUUGUGCAACCUGGGGAUCUAGUCUUAAGCCACACACCUGGGCAGCCACUUCAUAUAAAGGUUACACCAGACCAUGUCCAAAACACAGCCACUCUUGAAAUCACAAGUCCGACCACAGAGAAUCCUCAUUCUUACACAAGCACUGCUGUGAUACCAAACUGUGGCACCCCAAAACAAAGAAUAACCAUUCUCCAGAAUGCCUCCAUAACACCAAUGAAAUCCAAAACCUCUACUGAAGGCCUCGUGAAUUUAGAGCAAAGCAUGUCCCCAAUUACCAUGGCAACCUUUGCCAGAGCUCAGACUCCAGAGUCUUGUGGUUCUAUAACUCCAGAGAGGACAAUGUCACCUAUUCAAGUUUUGGCUGUGACUGGUUCAGCUAGUUCUCCUGAGCAGGCACGCUCUCCAGAGCCAAUAGAAAUUGGUGCCAAGCACGCAAUUUUCAGAGUCUCUCCAGACCGGCAGUCAUCAUGGCAGUUUCAACGUUCAAAUAGUAACAGUUCAAGUGUGAUAACUACUGAGGAUAAUAAAAUCCACAUUCACUUAGGAAGUCCUUACAUGCAAGCUGUGGCCAGCCCCAUGAGACCUGCCAGCCCUUCAACAACACUUCAGGAUAACCGAACUCAAGGCUUAUCUAAUGGGGCAUUAAACAAAACAACCAGUAAAGUCACCAGCAGUAUUACUAUCACACCAACAACCACACCUCUUCCUCGACAAUCACAAAUUACAGUAAGUAAUAUAUAUAACUGACCACUCUCACCCUCAUCUAGCCCAUACUGAUAUUCUUGCAAGGAAUUCAAUCAUUUUUAAUCAUCCCCCAAAAGACUGAUUGAACUUGUACUUUUGGAAGUUUUGUGCAUGAAUUGUACCAAAGAACCUGAAACUAACAAAGUAUUGCCUGCAUAGUCAUCCAAGUGUGCACUUACUGUAUAUCUUUUCAUUUACAUUCUUGUAUGGAAAAUAUUUAGUCUGCACUUGUAUAAAUACAUCUUUGUGUAUUUCAUUUUCCAUAAUUCACUUUAAUUUGACUUCAACUUAUCUUGGUGAAAUACAUUAACAUUAUAAAGCAGUAAAUAAUUUGUUAUUUUUACCAUU